CAAUACAAUUUCAAUUCCCGCAGGUUAGUAACACUGUCGAAGUAGUAAAUUCGAUUUCAACGUGUCGCGAAAUUUAACAGUGUUUGUAAUUAACAAUGAACAAUUACGAGAAUGAAGUAAGUAAUAUAAUAAUAUAGUAGAUGUGGAAUAUUUUUAUCAUUCUUGUGCAUAAAUAUGCUGCUUUUUGGGGUAUUAAUAAGUCAUGAUAACUACAUUUUUAGGAAAUAAGCAGCGGUUUUACGAUGUGCACGUUUUGCCACUACUUCUACCUCCAUUAGACAAGCAGCAAAUUUAGUCAUGUGAUCUCUAUUUGCCACUGGUUUCUAGCGUUCAUGAAAUUGAUGCUUUAAACAAAAGUCUGUACGGGGACCCUAAGCGUGUGAUUGUUCAAAACGAAUGUACCUUUUGGCUAUAUAUAUCUUUGUUCUUGAAAAGCAUUAAAAUGUCGGAUAUUGUAAAACACAUGGAAAAGACGCAUUUGGAAGAGUCAAAUGAAAAAUGCAAAAAUUGCGGAGAAACAUGUGAUCCUUAUGCUAAACCAGCGUUACGUUGUAGCGGUGGAUGCAAUCAGAGAAUACAUACAAACUGCCUAAAGAGAGGCAGCGUUCCAGUUUCUUUCGUGGGAGAUGUUUUCUUUGAACUUAAUUGUGCCUCUUGUAAUCCCUUAAGCAAAGAAACGGUUGUGCGCGACAAAAUGCCGUGGCUCAACGUCAUUGUCUUAACGCUUUACAAUCUGCGUGAAAAAUCGAGUGGCAUUAGUAAAAGAGGAUACUUUCAUUGGAAGUCAGAUAUCAGUACUUUUGUGGAUAGAAAUUGGGAUUACUUAUUCAAAAAAACUGUGAAAAAGAAAAAAAAUUGGAUUGGCACCAUCUCUGGUACAUUGUCCCAUUACAGCAGCAUCUUUUUUAAAUCUGGUACCAAUGAAUUAGGAGAAUCUGGAUGGUGGAAAUUAUUGGGCAAUGAUCCUCCUGAAGUUUUGAUCGCCAAAAAUAACAAAGUGAUGAUGGAUAGGAAAAAACAUGUUGGCGCAAAGUCGUGCAAGUCAUCGGACAGUCCUGUACCAUCAGAUUCCAGUCUCUCGAUCGGAGAGGAUAGCAACAGUGGAGAACUAUUCAAAAAUAAAAGUUUUUCAAUGUAUACUCAUGCAUACGUUCAACCUACAGAGACAUUAUCUGAUUUUUUAUUCGAAGAAGAUGAGUUAAAUGAUAUGGAUCUCGAAGAUGAUAUAAUGUUACGUGACGAGAAUGAUGUUCCAUUUAUCUCCAAUUCGAUACGCGACUGUCAAGCUGAAAACAGCAAUUUGAAUUUAGUACAAUUGAUGGAUAACUGGUUGAAUAAUACGAGUAAUACUCUAUCGCCAAAUAGUGGCGACGAAAUUAAAAGGAUUAAGGAAGAAAGAUAUGAUGAGGACAGUAACGACAGCCCAGUUUCCAUGAGUACAUGGCUACAAGAGCAGCCUCCAGUUUCUUGGUUUAAAGAAACAAAACGCCGUCCACGACCUUGGGCUAAGUCAUUCAUUAACAACAAAGAAGAAAUAUCACGCAUGACUCGUCAAGAAGAAAUAUAUAUGCUUCAAAGAAUCGAUAAAAAUAAUCUCGACAAAGCUUCGACUGCUAUUAGAAGAUUAUAUCGAAAAUUAGCCGUGCGAAAAACGAAGAGAGAAUACAGACUUCCUCUAUUGGAUGUUGAUUGUUUUGGACCUAAAUCAGGAGCUUUCGUGACUCCAUUGAAAAGCGAUCGGGUGUUGGAUCGAUUUUUUAGUGAUGAUUUAAGAUGUAUUUUUGAGCACAGAUUGCAGGGUUACAAUGAACCUACAUCUGUACACAGCCCAUACACGAAUAGACUUUUGAAGCCAUUUAUAAGAAGAGCGACCGAUUGUCAACCGUUAUGGUUGCGGAUCAUGGAAGAGCUUUGUGCAAAAGUAAACAGAAAUAAUCCACAAUGGAAAGCGCCGGCCAGAGCAUCCAUCGAUUAUUCUUAUGUCAGACCUCAACAUAUUCCCGCAAUUAACAGUCUCUGUUGUCAAUUCUUCUGGCCUGGUAUAGAUUUGACCGAAUGUUUGCAAUAUCCAGAUUUCACAUGCGUUGUACUAUACAAGAAGUUAAUCAUAGGUUUUGCAAUUUUGGUGCCAUACGUUGGCUUUAAUGAAGCCUAUAUCUCUUUUUUUUUUACACGCCCAGAAUGGCGAAGGUCUGGCAUUGGCACAUUUAUGUUGUAUCAUUUGAUACAAACUUGCAUGGGGCGAGACGUUACGUUACACGUAUCGGCUACGAAUUCUGCUUUAAUAUUGUACCAAAAAUUUGGUUUUAAGGUGGAAGAAUUUAUUCAGGACUUUUAUGACAAAUACUUGCCAUCAAAUUCGCAAGAAUGCAAGCACGCUUUAUUUUUACGUUUAAGCAGAUAAUCUUAGUGUGAUUAUAAGCAAAAAGUUUUUUUUAAUAAAUCUGUUGAGCAUUGAUUAAUAAAUCUGCCUUUAUGUGCA